AUGACGGAAAUGGAGAAUUCUGUUCCUGAAAUCGUUCCCAUUAAUUGUUACAAUGUUGAAAAAGGUAAAUUGAGUGCUUCUGUAAAAUGGUUAAUUGGACGAGCUUAUGGAAGUAUGGCUCCAGAUCUUUUGCUUCAUCCUAUUAGAGAAAAUAAAAAUAACACGUUCCAGCUUGAAGAGGCUGUAAUGACGGGUUUGACUAAUGCAUCCUUGUAUAGUAGUGCUGCUGCCAAAAUUUUCAAAGAUCAAAGUCUUAUAAAUAAGUCACAUAGUGUUGUACUUCGGGCGUUAGAAAGCCAUUCUAUUCCGCUUACAACAUCCAGUAAGGAAGAAAAUAUAAACGAACCACUGCUGUCUUCCAUCCAACCUUUUUAUCAAUCUGCACAUUUGGCAGUAAUCGAUUCUUUAAUGAUUGCGCAUAUGCGAUCUAUCAUUACAAUCGAAAGGGUUGUUUUGGCUGUACAGAAUUACACGACAGUGGAUAAAAGAGAAGAACCGAUGGAUGCUGUUGAUGCACUGCUUUUUUGGAUUAAUAAAAUUUGUUUACUGGUCAGGGAUGAUAUGGAAAAAUAUGGCUUGAUGAAUAAAAAUAGCAGGAAACAUUAUGGAUCAAUAGUAGUGCCUGAAAUGGAAGACCUAUAUGAAGACAUGUGUGAUGGUGCCUGUAUCUGCGCACUUAUAGCUUUUUAUCGACCAAAUGAAAUGAACAUACGAAAUAUAUGUUUCAAUGAUCCAAUGAGUCUUGGUGAUUGCCAUUAUAAUUUAAUGCUUCUUAGGAAGUUUUGCUCGUCUCUAUCGUGGAAUCCAUUUCAUUUUGCUGUUGAAGAUAUCUUGUAUUUCCAUGAAAGUUUACAGGCAAAUUUAAAUGCUUUUUUGGCAGAUCUGUUCCAGAUUUUCGAAGGAGAUGGCGUUAAAAAAAGCUCAGUCGAUUCUCCUACUGUACGUUCUAGACACUUUUUGCCUAUACAAGGCAUACCUGAAUUACGAUCUCAUAAUGCUGGAAGUAAAACGGUCAAUCAACUCAGAUCUCGUUUACAACCUGAAAUGUCUCGAACUUUAUCCGCUAUGUCCUCCGACUCUUUGUUGCCUACCAAAUCUGGGGAUUCAUUACGGUGCAGUUAUCAGAAAAAAAAUACAGGCCUUUCCGAAAAAACAAACUUUAGUGAAUUGACUAUGUAUGGUGAUCUCAGAAGUGGUGCAGCUAGUGGUUGCUCUCAAGGAAUAAGCUACAUGCGUAGUGACUCAAUGCCUGCAGCAAGUGUACGUUUGGCACUAGAAGAAAAACGACGAGAACAUGAGAAAAGACGUUAUUUGGAAACGAAUCAAAGCGAAUCAGAGCGCGUGCAAAAACAGAAAGAUGCUUUUUUCACUCUAAUGCAAAAAUUGGAAAAAAAUUCUGAUCUGCGAUCGCGUGCAACGAGUGAAGUAGGUAGCAGUCAUGCUUAUCAAUCGCAAGAAAUAUCAUUCCUAAAGGAAACUGUGCAAGAUUUGCAAAAACGACUGCAAGAGAUGUGCUUACAGCAGGAGCAUCUAAGUCGUCAGGUUGAUGAGCAACGGCAAAUGACUCAUGCAACAUCUCAACCCGCUAUUCACACUGAAUUUGGGUUACUAAAUGAACCAAAUAAUGGGUUCAAUAAUUCAUAUGCCACCCUACCACAUAACAUAACAAAAUUGACGCAUCAGUCACAAUAUCAUACCUAUGCAACGCCUUAUGCUGCGCCUGUAGAACAAACAUUCGCACCAUCUGUUCAUCUCUCUGAGCAAAACCAGAUGUAUCCAGUGCCAAGUUUACAGAUGUCAAUGAAUGGGUAUUCCAGCCAGUUAGACUCUCAGUCAGUAGCAUGUGCUUACUCAUCUCGUAUCAUUCCUAAUCCUCAACUGCCAGUUACACGAUAUCAACUGGGUUCAGAUGGAGGCUAUGUAUCACGUUCACAUGAUUCUAGUUCGCAGUCUGUUGGAAACUCCCCUUAUAUGCUUGCUAAUGCUGCUGCUGCUGCUAAUUCUAUUGCUAUCGCGAGCAACACAUUUCGACUUCAUCAGAAUGAUGCAUCCUCAAGUCGCUUAGAUCCAUCUCUUGAGAUAAACAGAAAUUUGACGAACUGGGGACUCACUUAUAGAGCUGGUCAAGUUAUUCGACCGCAAAGACGUACUUGGGAUAAUGGAGCAUUUACGCAGAAUAGUGUUGACUAUUCCAGUCAACCUAUAUUUCCAACUGCUGUUCAUCUGUACCAACAACAGCAGGAAACAGAAGCACCUGAAAGUGUGGAUGGAACAAUGUCAGAGUUUCUACCAUCACAGAAAGAUUCGUUGUUAUUGAAACCCCUUUUUUCAGCAGAAAAUAGAGAAAAGCCACCUAUACCUAAACAUCAGCAAAGCCCACCGAAAGAUCCCAUUUCUUCUACUGGUAUCGAUAUGCCGACAGCCGUGAGUCGGAAACCUUCAACUACUCGGAGUUCACAAUUUGUUGUUGACGAUGUAACUGAAAAAUCAGUUAUAAAUGUGACUCCAGAAAUGGAAGCGAAACGUGAAGCACUGUUAGCGAAAACUUUACGACGCCGUGAGCAGAUAGAGCAGAAAGUCGGUGAAAUGGAAGCAAGGAAUGCUGAACGAAGACAAGCAGAGCUUGAAAAACAAGAAGCUGCUGAACAACGAAAACGUGAACGUGAAUUGCAGAGACAGAGAAUUUUGGAUGAUUAUAAACGGAAAAAAGUGGAAAAGGAAAUGGAAAAUAAUGAAAUUUGUAAUGGUCGGGGACAUAGUCAGCCGCCUAUUGUACCGCGAUCAAAAAACACGGAAGGAAUAAAUAAUCGUAUGAAACGUAUUAGUCGACCGCAGAGUAGUUUCGAUGAGAGCAAUGCUUCAUCAUCGGCUCGAGUAACCGUUCCAAGUACGGCCGAACCAACACUGAAGCUUUUUUCGAAAUAUGUUCAUAAAUCGAAUCGAUCGAUGAUUAUAAAUGCUUUACAGUAUUUGGUAUUUCCUGGAAACGUCUGGGAUAAGCAGCGGAAUGAAGUCCUGGGUGAAUUAGCUAAAAGCGAUAGUAAGCAUUUCUUGUUGUUGUUUCGAGAUCAAAAAUGCCGUUAUUUGGGUGCAUACAGUUGGGAUCAGCAGUCCGACACCGCGCAUCGUAUUCAUGGGAAGGGUCCAAAUAUCUGCCAUGAGUCAAUGAUGCACCUUAUGUUCAAGUAUGAUUCGGGUGCAAAGAAAUUUUCUCAUAUACCGACAAAGCACCUUUCGGCUACUAUUGAUGGUUUCACACUGCAAGAUCAAUACAUGCAAGGUCCAAAAAUCCCACAUAGUGCUAGCAUUCACAGGAAUGCUUAA